CUCCUAGUACUGCGAUCCAUGUUUUUUUUUUCUCCCCUCAUGUGCAUCGCACGUGAUCACACUAGUUUCCAUCAGUUGAAGUCGCCACCGGCGGUGCCUUUCACCACUCCGCGUCGCUUCCGUCUCUUCUCCACCUCCGACUUCCAGAUCCAAAUCCAAGGCCUAACCCUGACCCUAGAAUCCUCCCUCCUGGAUAAGGAUUUCCUAAAACCCUAACCCUAGAAGGAACGAAAUCCUAGGGAAUUCACCCAUCCAUGGCGCUCAAUCUCCGGCAGAAGCAAAUGAGCCUCAUUGUCCGGAUGCUGAAUCUGAACCAGCCUUCGAACCCUGGCGGCGGGAUCUCCUCCGCUACCGCCGUCGACUCCGAGGAGGUCUACAAGAUCCUGAUAAUGGACGCCUUCUGCCUCGGAAUCCUCUCCCCCUUGAUCCAUGUUAAUGACCUCCGUAAGCACGGCAUCACCCUCUUCUUCCCCAUCGACAAGAACCGCCAGAGCGUCCCCGACGUCCCCGCCAUCUACUUCGUCCGCCCCACGCCGGAAAACGUCGAGCGGAUAGCCGCCGACGCGGACCGCGGACUCUACGAGUCCUUCCACCUCAACUUCUCCUCUUCCCUCCCCCGCCCCCUCCUCGAGACCCUCGCCUUCAAGACCCUCGAGAAGGACGCCGUCCACCGGAUCUCCAAGAUCUAUGAUCAAUACCUCGAGUUCGUUACCCUGGAGGACUCCCUCUUCUCGCUGGCCCAGCCUAAGGCCUACGUCCAGAUCAACGACCCCUCGGCCGGGGACCGCGAGAUCGAGGAGAUCGUGGAGAAGAUCGUCGGUCGCUUGUUCUGUGUCCUCUCUACCCUCAGGGUUGUGCCGGUAAUCCGGUGUGCCCGCGGCGGCCCGGCGGAGAUGGUUGCGUCAGCUCUGGAUUCACGCAUCCGGGACCAUUUGUUGAUAAAAAACAAUCUUUUCUUGGAAAGUGGUGUUCUUGCGAGCUCCUUCCAGCGCCCGAUCCUCUGCAUAUUUGAUCGGAAUUUUGAGCUCGCAGUUGGGAUCCAGCAUGACUGGAGCUACCGGCCACUGGUCCAUGACGUGCUCGGGAUGAAGCUGAACAGAGUGACCAUGCCUGCAGAGAAGGCUGCUGCCAAAUCUUAUGAAUUGGACGACUCCGAUUCGUUCUGGGCUUCCAACAGUUGGUCUCCCUUUCAUAAGGUUGCGGAAGAAAUCGAGACCCAGCUGAGCAAGUACAAGCAGGAUGUUGAUGAGGUGAACAAGCGGACUGGUGGCAAGGACGGGGUUGAGUUUGAGGGCACCGAUCUGAUUGGGAACACAAAGCAUCUGAUGAAUGCUGUGAACUCGCUUCCGGAGCUCACUGAGCGUAAGAAGAUGAUCGACAAGCAUACCAACAUUGCCACCUUGCUGUUGGGCGAGAUCAAGGAGAGGUCUUUGGAUGGUUACUGCGAUCUUGAGAAUGACAUGCUGACAAAAGGAAGUGUAGAUAAGAGUCAAUUGCUUAGUCUGCUCAGAGGGAAGGGCACAAAGGCGGAUAAGAUUCGGCUUGCGAUAACAUACCUUCUUUCUCUGGAGACGACACUGCAAUCUGAAGUAGAGUCGAUAGAAGCAGCAUUGAGGGAAUCUGAUGUGGAUACUUGUGCCUUUCAGUAUGUGAAGAAGAUAAAGUCUUUGAACGCAUCAUUGGCAGCUUCAGCAAGCUCAACGAGCAGGAGCAACAUUGUGGACUGGGCUGAGAAGCUUUAUGGGCAGUCCAUCAGUGCCGUGACUGCAGGUAUGAAAAAUCUUUUAUCUGGUGGGAGACAACUGGCACUAACAAGGACGGUGGAAGCAUUGAUGGAAGGGAAGCCGAACCCAGAGGUGGAUUCUUACCUUGUGUUUGAUCCACGAGCCCCUAGGUCAGGAUCUGGGGCACAAUUGAAGGGACCAUUCAAAGAAGCAAUUGUCUUCAUGAUAGGUGGUGGGAACUUUGUUGAGUAUAGGAGUUUGAUGGAGCUGGCACAACGUUCACAGCCAGUCAAGCAUGUCAUAUACGGUACCACGGAGGUUCUUAAUGGGGCGGAGUUUGUCGAGCAGCUCACAGAGUUGGGGCAGAAGAUGGGUCUAGGAAGCAGUUGAAUGGGUCCAUCCCGGUAAGGAGUUAAGUUUUCCAUCAUGUGCUGUUUCUGGUUGAUAGUUGUGGCAGAUGACUAGCAGUCGGACUUAAGGAGCUAAUAGAGAGUUGACUGUGGCAAUCUUAGAUGAAAACAGAAAUGCAAUGGCAUUCUUUCCGACAGGAAAACUGCCAUCUGUAUUCAAGUGAGUCAUAUGUCGGUGACCUUAUACCUUUUCUGUUUUAUUUUCAUUUUUUGGAUUGAAAAAAAUGCCAUUCAGCCUAGUUUUGAUGCUGUUUAUAUGUUAAAUUCGCCAUAUGUUGACCAACAGAAAUGAGUUGAAACAUAUCCUGUUAUCAAGACUAGGAUGAACGAUGCUUUUGUGUUUA